AUGAAGCUGUACGGCAAGAGAGUAUUCAGCAAGCAGCCAUCUUCACGUGUCUCUCAACAUUCUCAUCAUGACACCGUCCCGCCGAAGUCACAGCAGUUCGUAACGGCCUACUGCGCCUCUCAAAAUGGUGACCAAACUGUGUAUCAAACUGCAAACACUCACACAAGCCAACCACAACAAACAGUCAGCCAGCAAGAUUACGCUUUUGACUACCAUCCUCAGCCGCAUGCCUCCACAUAUAUAGUGCCGAACUCUACAUCGUAUGCUCCCGUCCAAGUGCUCUCGCAAGAUAACACUGUUACCUCUGCUCAGGACAUGCCUGCGAACAAUACGAUUUCCUACCUAACCAGUGAUCAAGCAAUGCCUGCUACACAACCGCCCACGACUUGUGAACAGCCAAUGCUGAUCGACUAUGGUGUUAGCGUUAAGGACAGCCAUUCCGACGUGAACUCAUCGCAGUGCCCCAGAAAUGAAGCCUCUGAAGAAUGCGGCAGCGCUCCGCAUACGCUCUUGAGCUCUUCGUUCUCUUCUGAAAGCGGUGCACAUAAACGGAAGACUGCAGUGCCGCAUCGUCGCGAUGAGCUUGUUGCGCAGACAGCCCAAUCGCUAAUUGUUCCAAACGGUGUAUUACUGGAUUUGGAAUCAGAUGCAGCAGCCAAAACUGCUUCGCAUAUGUCUUUGUUAUCCAACAUUGACGACACAGCAAUGCAGUGCUUGGACCGCCUUAUAAAUGGGAACCUCGAUGAGGUGUUCCCGUUUUGUGACGAUCCUGGUGAUCUUUCGGGAUUUGCUGCUGAAAUGGAAAAUCCCUUCCCUUCGAGUCAAAGCAAUAGCAACGCAUGUCCACAAGAGGGGAUAGGAAACCUAUUUUCUGACUCUGCUCCUCCUCCACUCGAUGUUGGUCCUUCACACAGCCCACCGCCUGCAGCAGCACACAGCUCCAAAAGUCGCUCACUUGAUGAGGGAGAAAUUAUCAGUGAAGAAAAUCUGCUUGGGAAAUCUGAGAAGCCGACGUCAAUGAGCAGAACGGUUUCAAGAGCGGACGAUCAUGACGUCAACACAGAGCGUGGACACUCGCCCGUUUCUCGCAUCGAGUCAAGGCGCUCUUCACUAGACUCUGGAAGGAAUAAGCGCGAGGAGAAGAAAACAGCUGAACGUUUGAAAGACUUUAGUCGCAAUCCUCCAAAAUCGGAUCAUAGUAGGAAGUCGACAAGUGAUCGCAGUGAACUGAAAGAUGCGGUCAUAUUCGAGUCAGGUAAUGUACCCCGAGUGCAUACAUCUUCGACUGCAGGAAGCCGUUCGUCAAGAGAGCGUACACGCGGUUUUUCGUCGUUGUUCGAGGAAGGUCACAGCAACCCGUCUUCUCGCGAACCGUCACCACAUCGUGAGAAGUUGAGCAAAAAGGAAGAAGAACGUCGUCGACGUGAGAAGGAGAUGGAAAAGGAGAGGCAACGGGAUAAAGAGCGCUUGAAACGGCAAAAGCGCGACCGUCAUCGCGAAAGUGACCGUUUAUCACGGCUCAGUCCAGAUAGGAGAUCAGAGAAGAAGACUCACCACAGGAGUGAUGAAGAAAAAUCCCGCGAUGUGAGAGAGAAAGAGAAGAAACGUGAGCAUGUAGAGGAGCGCCGAGUAGUAGAUGAGGCUGAAAGGAGGAAAGCCGAGGAAAAGUCAAGGAGAGAUAUGCAGAAAAAGAAAAAAGAAGAGGAACUGGAAGCCCGUCGGCAAGCUGAACUGCAAAAGCGUGCAGAAGCAAUGCGGAGAAAAGAAGAGGAAGAUAGAAAACGACGUCAAGAGGAAAAGGAAAGACAAGAGGAGAGGAGGAGGGAAGAAGAGAAGCGUCGUAUGGAGGACGAGAAAAAGAGAAAACGAGAAGAGGAAUCAGCUCGACGUGAGGAAGAGAAAGCGCAAAGGCACGAUGAUGAUGUGGACCGUGGUCUACAGGAAGAUUCAAGGAAAGAGAACGAGGGCGGAAGAAUGGAAGCGAAUAGUGAGGGAAGUGAUGGACAGGAGACCGCGAGAAGUGCUGUACACUCAGACCAAGAACCAUGCAGCUCUGAUGAAGAUAAUGCCUCGUCCGCCGAUGUCGCUCAUCCAGCUCGGAACGACGAAGAAGUUUCGUCGAGUCGGAAGGAGUGUCGGAGUCAGGAGCAGAAAACGCGCUUUCCUAAAGCAGAAACAAGAAAAUUUUCUGAAACUACCAACAGACAUACUGCUGAGCGGGAAGCGGCACCCGAGAGCGAAGACGAUGUGGCUCCUGUUUCGGAAAGCGAAGAGAGGAAAAAGAAGUCCAGAGAAGAAAUUCGAUCAAGCAAAGGCACUAGUGAAAGUAGAAAGCCGUUCCCGCCUCCAAUUCCUGCAAAACGUCGCGAUGAACAGAGGAAGGUUGUGAAACCUCUUGAACCCGGAAUGAUGAUGAGUGAUCCUGGCGUUUUAGAUCGCAUAAAUAAGGAAAUGGAAAGUCUGACACCGAGAUGCGCCAAAAACAAUGACUAA